CGCCGGGCAGCCACGUGGUGUGACCGAUGUCGUAUAAGAUGAUUACCAGUGGGUAGUAUAUAAGAUGGGGGCUUAGUUCAGGGUCUUAAUACACCUCAGCUCGAAUCCAAAGUCCAUCGCGCAGCGUCUAUCAUGCGUUUCACGCUUCUCUCCCUCCUCCCGGUCGCUCUCGCAGUACCCGCCACCGUGCUGGACCGCGCCGUGAAGCCAGUAUACUGGCUCCUAGCCGGUGAUUCUACCACGGCUCCAGCUGGUGGUUGGGGCGAUGCUUUCCUCUCUACCACGGUCGCUAAAGGCUCUUCGGGACAUAAUUACGGGCACAGCGGUGCAAGCACAAAGUCUUUCCGAGCAGGAGGUGAUUGGAAGAAGGUCAUUGGCGACAUAGGAACGCACAAGAAAGAUUAUCGCGUCUAUGUGACAAUUCAGUUUGGUCACAACGACCAAAAACCAACCUCCGGCGUCAGUCUCGCAGACUACAAGACCAAUCUCGGAAACUUCGUCAACGAAGUCACUGCCGCAGGGGGAAUACCCAUUCUUGUCACCCCUCUCACCCGGCGUACCUUCAACAAAUCUACCAAGAAGGUGGUCGAGAAUCUUUCCAACGAGCGCACGACAACUAUCGCCGUCGCCGAUGAGAAGAAAGCGCGCUUCAUCGAUCUAAAUAGGGCGAGCACGGAUUAUGUGAAUGCGAUCGGCGAGAAAGCGAUUACGCCAUAUAAUCUGGGUGGCACUGAUAGAACGCAUGUGAGCCCUUGGGGUGGCGUUGUGUUUUCGAGAUUAGUGAGCGAUUUGUUAGUGGCGAAGUAUCCGGGUGAGUUUGAAGAGGUGACGCAGAAGAAUGCGACGCUGAGUGCAUUGAUCAAGGCGGGAAAGCCUGCGUAGGGCACCAAGGAGUCGAUUAGUGUUUGUACAUAUCGAGUUAUUCUUUCGAAAUGAUCGAAUCUCCGUGACAUUAGCCCACGAAAUGGACGGCAAUAGAACGUGCAGAUGCACGGUAUUUGGUGUUUCGACAUAUUGUAUCGGCACGGAUGUGAUGAAUGAAACCCUAUCCGAUCGGUACCCACUUUUCUAGGCCGCGGCCCAAGACAAAUAGAACCACGAGCU